GCAGCACUAGGUGAGGCCGGCCAGCAGACGACUUCCUUCAGUGUGUGUGUGUGUAUGUGGGGACGGGCCCGCGCGCGCGCUCGCACGCUCACUACAUAUUCCUCUUACACUGAGCUGCUCUCGCAUGUCCUCUAUUAUAGUUUUUAAACCAAAUCGUUUUGGAUGUAGUGUGAGAGAUGGGGACGGCGGAGCAGCAGAAGGAGCACUCUGGAGUGUCCGGGUCGUCGAGUCUGGAGUGCGGAGAGGACGAGGCUGGAGGUAUUCGACCUCCAGUGUCCCGGGGGUCAUCUACUGGCGUCACCCCCACCUCCAACCUCACCCCCGCGGGGGGAAAUGGCGCCCGUCGUGGGCGAGCCUCUCCCACUAAUGCCCUCAGUCGCGUUCCCCUCACCAGGCUCUGCGAAGAGAAGCGUGCUAGACGGUGUCGAUUUUACCGAAAUGGUGAUAGAUGGUUUGGCGGGUCAGUGGUGGCCGUGGGUGGGGACAAGCAUCGCUCCUGGGAGGCACUCCUGGCAGACUUGACGCGUGUCUUGGACCACCCUAUACACCUGACUGCCGGUGUGCGCCACGUGUUUGCGCUCGAUGGCACGCGCAUCACCCAGCUCGACCAGAUACGGGAGGCCGGCGAGUACGUAGUCUCCUCGUCGGAAAUAUUUAAAAAAUUGGAGUAUACCCGCGCGCGUCUGCCGCAGUGGAGAGCCAAUGCGCGCCGCAACGAGGCGCUGCACGUCGCCCCGCGCACGGCGUACGCCUCUCCCGCGUCCACGCCCGGCAGUGACGUACCCCCAAGCCUCAUCGGAGCAACCACGCCCACGGACUCCCCCAAGGACUUCAUCCGACCCAAACUAGUCACGGUGAUCCGUAACGGUGUGCGACCCCGCAAGGCCGUACGGAUUCUUCUGAACCGUCGUACCGCGCGAAGCUUGGAGCAGGUGCUGUCAGACAUCACCCACGCUAUCAAAUUGGACACGGGCGCUGUCAGGAAGGUCUUCACCCUCGACGGUAGACAGGUAGUCAGUUUACGGGAUUUCUUCUUCGACGAUGAUAUCUUCAUCGCGUAUGGCCCUGAGCGACUCUCUCACGAUGACUUCGAUCUUGACACAGAAGAGUGUAAGACUAUACAACCUAUGGUCAAGUGUCCAUUGAGUCCCCGCAGACUACGACGCAUGCCAUCGCCCAAACCCCGAGGACGUGCAGUUUCGCCCCUUGCAAUAUUUGAUGGCCCAGGGAGUUUACCACGUUCACCAAGAAAACCGAGAGCGCAGUCGCCUCACAAGCGUCUUAGCCAGCCAAAUCAACAUACUUAUCAGCAGCAGCAGCAGUACGAACACAAUGGCCAUGUGGUCUGCGGGGGGUUGGAAAAUAUUAUCUUCCCAACCUGUGUCACAUCUAAAUAUUCAGUGGGCCGCAUCCUUGGUGAUGGAAAUUUUGCGGUGGUACGAGGUUGUGUUUGCAGACAGACAAAAGAAGAGUAUGCGCUAAAAAUAAUAGACAAGACUAAAUGCCGUGGGAAGGAACAUAUGAUUGAAAGCGAAGUUUCUAUACUUCGAAGGGUUAGUCAUCCAAAUAUUGUUAGUUUAAUUGAAGAAUUCCAUACCUCACAUCAUCUCUACCUCGUCAUGGAACUAGUCAGGGGUGGUGACCUUUUUGAUGCCAUUGCCAGUGCUACACGCUAUACAGAACAAGAUGCCAGUUCUAUGGUGAGAGACCUGACCUCAGCUCUUGAUUACCUUCACCAGAGGUCAAUAGUUCAUAGGGAUAUAAAACCAGAAAACCUCUUGGUGGUAGACCGAAGUGACAAUGCCAAGAGUCUGAAGCUUGGUGACUUUGGACUAGCCGUGGAAGUGACCGAGCCGUUAUACACAGUGUGUGGCACACCUACGUAUGUUGCCCCAGAAAUCCUAAAUGAAUCCGGUUAUGGGUUGAAAGUUGAUAUUUGGGCAACUGGAGUCAUCACGUAUAUCCUCCUGUGUGGGUUCCCACCAUUUGUCUCGGCCACUAACAACCAAGAAGAACUUUUUGAUCAAAUAUUACACGGUCAUUACGAGUUUCAUAGUCCAUACUGGGACGACAUAUCCGAUUCUGCACGUGAAUUAAUAGUCCACAUGAUCCAGGUGGAUCAAGCGAAGCGCUUCAGUGCACAAGAAGUCCUUGAUCAUCCGUGGGUUUCAGAUGACGAGGCGUUGGACCGAAACCUUCAUAUCCGUGUCUCCCAUAAGUUGGGUCUCCACUUUGACACAAAUGGCCCUCAGCACAAAGCUGCAGGAAUCACGCUUAUGUCUGUGAUGGCUCUAGAUAAGGAGAAACACCAAUUUUGUCGUGACCAAGAUAUACAAGAUGUCUCGAGUCACAGGAGUCCUCCCUGCAGCCCAAGACUGACCCUCUUCACACACAGCAGUCAGCUCUUUUGAGAGUUCUCAACACCUAGCCUUACUCGAUACUCUGCAACUAUUAUGUUAUCACCAUACAUUUCCAUGUUAGCAUUAUUUCUCCGUCAGACCUCGAUGAUACUCAGAGUCAGUUACACGCUGCAAUAUUAAGUAUUACAGUAUUGCUAAUAAUGCCUUAGUAAAAAAAAAAAAUAUAAAUAUAUAUAUGUCAUGCCCAAUAGCUAGAACUGCACUUCUUGGUCUAGUAUGCAAGGUCCAAUGUGCCUAACAGGAAGAAUGAUUUUCCUUAUUUUCAAAUAUUUCUUUCCAUAUUAGUUCUUGUCUAACAAUAAUGAUCAAUUAUAUUAGGAACAUGAAUUACUGACUUAGUUAUAUUAGGUUAGGAUAGGUUAGGUUAGGUGGGUUAAGUUUGAUCAAAUUUCCAUGUUAGUUCAAGUAAUAUAUAAUUGCCAUCAUACAUAAUACAAUGGAAACUAUCGUUUUAUAAGAAAACAUUUGGAAAAAAUUUAUAUUUCAUGAAAAUUUGGCUUGUCAAGCAACUCUAGCUAUUAGGUAUGACACAUGUAUAUCCAGAAUACUGCCAAAUAUCCAUAUAACCAAACAUGAAGACAGCACACUCCUAGGAUUUCCCCCCCCCCUCGAAGGCCAUCGAUGAGGUCUUUGAUAAGAAAAUCGCUGAUCUUAAAAGGAUGGAUGGGAGGAUUAAAGAUAUUGAUCAUCACCAGAUGCCUGUCCCUCCCCAGGUUAUCCUACUUUCUGAGAUGUUCACCAUCCUACAAUAGCCAAAAACUAGGCGAAUAUGACCUCUUACUAGAAUCAAUGUUAGAAAACGCCCUCAACCCCACUCGAUGACCUUCAGUGGACACAAGCCUCUCUUCCCAUAAGACUUCGGGGGCCUCUGCGUUCGAACAGCAACGCAAAUCGUUCUACCAGUCUUCCUGUCCUCCUUCUCAGCAUCUAAUAACCUAGUGAAGGAAAUUCUACCUGCCUACUUAGGUCAGCUGGGAGGCACACACAAUCCCAAUUUUAUACUAGGCCAUAAAAGUACUGUAUUAGAAAGUCGUCUGACUUUUAACCCAAUACCUGACAGCUCUCGUGGCCAUUUUGGGCACAGAUAUGUCAUCAAAUCACUUCAUCAUGCUGGAGCCACAUGAGUAACACAUGUGCGUCGGCUCCACAAGGGUCGUCGGCUUUUUCGCGGUUCACCCCAUUGACAGGACGAUGGAGGGGAGGCUCGCGCUGUUUGCUCUCACCUGGUCCCAUGAUUUGUGGGUGUUUCUUGUUGUUUCCUCCAGGUUGCAAUGGUGAUGUGGGGAUCCUCCUCUUCCUCCUUAAGGGGGCUUGGGGCUGGUGGGGCAGGCCUCUUUUCCUGCGCUCUGUCGGGUCAUCCUAGAGUGGGUUUGCUUGGGUGUGGUCGAGACAAUGGCAUCCCUCAGGUGGGUUUCCCAUCUGUUUCCAGUUCUGAAACGGGACUGUACGGACCUGUGGUUCACUCUGGACUUAUCCCAUGUGAACCUCUGGGUCUUUUGCCCCUCCUUUCAGAUGACCACUCUGUCCCAGGUCCAGCUGCUUUUGGAGCCGGUUGCCUGGAUGGUGUCCCUGGACUUUUGGGAUGCGUAUUGGCACAUCCCUAUUCACCCGGGGUUCAGGGACUGGCUUGGUUUUGUCGUGGGGCGACAGGCUUACCGUUUUCGUUGCCUUUCUUUCAGCUUAAAUUUGGCAUCUCGUAUGUUCACACACCUUACCCUGGUCGUGAUGACCUGUUUGUGUCUGUUAGGUGUUCGAGUUCUGGCUUACCUCGGUGACUGGUUGGUCUGGGCUCCCAGCCAGUCCUCAUGUUUGCUCGCCAGGGAUUUAGUUCUUUCCCAGCUCGCUGGGUUCAGGUUCUUGGUGAACUGAAGGAAGUCCCAUUCGGUUCCCUCUCAGGUUUGAACUUGGCUAGGUCUUGUGUGGGACUCUUGGACCACUUCCUUGUCUCUCCCUCCCGCGGCGUUGCUGCUGGAGGACUGCCUUCGGCUUUUUUGGAGGCCACCUGGGUCAUGCGUUGGUUGUUCAAGUAGCUGUGCGGGAGUCUGAACUUCGUGGUGCUGGUCUACCCAUCACGUCGGAUCUGGCUUCAGCGGCUGUUCUGGUUCCUUUGGGAACCUCUUUUCUGCCACUCUCACAAUUGCUGAUUUCGGAUCCCGGGGACUUUGUGUCGGCUGCUGCUUCGCCGACUUCCUCUUCGGGUUUUUUGGGGGGUUCUGUACAGUGGCACCUACCAAAGCCCUUGCUUAACGUGUUCACGGAUGCCUCAUCUCUUGGUUGGGGCUGUGUGACCAGUGCUCACCAGGGCGGUUAGGGUCUGUCCUUCAGUCAGGCUCCAGCACGGCACAGGAGUUUGUGGCAGUGUGGCAUUUGCUUCAGAGGGUUUGAGUGGUUCACGGAUCGACGAUCCGGCUCCAUUCCGACUGCUCCCCUAUGGUCUGAACCGCGGGGAUUCGAUGUGGUCCUUGGCUCUUUGGGGUUGGUCGCUUCCAGUGACUCGUCUGCUGAGUUCUCGGGGUUUGGCCUUCCUGGUGGUUCAUGUCCAGGGAGUGUCCAACGUACUGGCGGAUGGGCUGUCCCAUUUCAUUUCCCUGUCCAUGGAAUGGACGGUCAACGCCAAUUCGUUCCUUUGGCUCUGCCGGACGUUCAGGCGCCCGGACAUGGACCUCUUCGCAUCAGCUUGGUCGAGGCGUCUUCUGGUAUAUGUGGCACCCUUCCCCGACUGCGAGGCCAUCGGGGCCUUUUGGCUGGACUGGCUGAGGUGGGGUUACCUGUACCUCUUUCCACCAGUUUGGUUGUUGCUCCAAGUCCUGGCUCACUUGAAGACUUACCAGGUGAGGGUAGUCCUGUUGGCCCCUUGGUGGCCAGCCCAGCCCUGGUUUCAGGCACUGCUUGCUCGGUGGUCAAGCCUGAGGGUCUUCCUGCAGCUGCAACUUUUUCAGUAGAUCGAUCCAGUCCAGUAUGGUUCGAUCUUCUCCUCUGCUCCUCACGUCUGGUCUUUUUGACGCAAGUUUAUCACCACUUGUAUAGUGAUCAGGUGGCUUUUUUUAUGGUGUCCCACCUGCGAGUUUUGUCUUGGCGGCAGUAUGAAGUUUCCUGGUGGUCCUUUUGGCAUUUUUUGUCUCUUCGUAGGUUGUCUUCAAUUUCUGAUCGGGUUGUUUUGUCCUUCCUCUCUUGGUUGUUUCAGGAACAUCAUCUUAUGCAGAAUACUGUCGCUUCAUAUCGUGCGGCGCUGGCGAUGCCACUUCUGCUUGUGUUCGGGGUGGAUGUCACUUCUGCUCUGUUCUGCAAGCUUUCUCUGGCAUUGUUUCACCUUCAGCCUGCCCAUGCGCUGCUUGAGCCGUCCUGGUCCUUGACUGGGUGCUCUCUUUUCUCUCUUCUCAGUUUGAGGUAGCCCCUUCGGUUCAGGACUGUUUUUCUAAGGCUCUUUUAUUGUUGGCACUGGCCUCUGGGGGUCGGGUUGGGGAGCUUCAUGCGCUCCUCUGGCACAGGGGGGUUUCCGCUCUUUUGGUCCUGGUGGUCGGUUUGUUUAUUUGCAGCCAACUCCUUCUUUUCUGGCGAAGAAUGAAACUGCUGCUUUCCAGAAGGGUCCUUAGGUUGUUGCUGCUUGGUUGGUUCAGCCGGGGGUGCAUCAUGUUUUGUGUCCAGUUGCGGCUCUUCGGCGUUACUUGCGUGCCAUGGCCUCCGUGGCAUGGGACUCGCUUUGGGUUGACCCGAUUUCCUUUCUUCCCUGUUCCAGGGCACAGGUCUCCCAAGUCAUCCGCAGGAUUAUUCAGUCCAGCCAGCCUGCGGUCUAUCCCUAUGCCCACGACGUUUGUAAGUUCGCGGCUUUGGCUGCUGUAGGCUUAGAACAUCAUUGUCUGACUGUUGCCACGGUCUAAUGUAUAUACACAUCAGCCCGGUAUAGUUCCAGGAAGCUUCCGGGUCUCGCCCAGAAAAUGGUGUUUCAUUACAUUCAACGUUGGUUUUAUGUAUGUAAGUCACUGACUACACCAAAAUUUAAUAUUUAAGAACAGUUAUUAAAUUUCAACAUUUGAUUUAAAAUAUAGUUUCCCACGUUUUAAUAUAUAAAAUUAAAUAUAGCACCUGUAAACCAAAAGUUUUCACUGGUGUGAAAUAGUGUUUUUACUAUUUUCACUAUAAACAUAAUAACAGUAUGUACUUCUAUAAUGAACUGUGAGAAAAUAUUAUUUUUCUGAUUGUAUUGUUUUGUUUUCAAUAUAAAAGGUUUGAAGAAUGCAUAUAAAUGCAAGUAAAUCACUUUAUUUCACAAAAUUAUUUUACAAUUUUAUUGAUUCUGUUACGUGUUAAUAUGUAACUGAUGUCGGUCAACUAAUCCUUCCAGAUUGACUAUAGUGCAUUCAGAAAUGUCUUCAAUGAUUUUGAACUUACAUGUGCGUCUUCUUUUACUACAGUAUAAUCAUAAAUGGCAUUUAAUAAUUUAAACAUAAGAAUCAAUAUCCGAGAAAAUUUUGAGUAUUCUGUCAAAUUUCAUUUGUAAAUUGCAGUACUGUACAGUAUCUCUGAGUAUCAUUAGGGGCAAGCAUAAUGAAAUAUUUUGUUUACCACCCUUCAACGGUGCCUUUGUUCCAUGGUAGGUUUAUUUUUUUAAUAAUGUACUGAAAAUUAAGAAGGAAAGUAUUUCAUUAUUUGUUCCAUCUUUGAUUUGUUUAGGAAAUAUUUAUGAUUGUAUCAUUGAAUAUUUUCCUUAAACAGUAUUAUUAUACAGUAUCAUUUUAAUUUUGUAAUACUAUACAAGUACUAUGGAAAGCCCUCAGUCUGUUAAUACAAUUUCAGUGUUGAAUGCAAUGAAACACCUCAUUCUGGCAGAGCAUUUUUGGCUCCCUGAAGUUAUCUUGCUCAGAUGGCUCUCCACUACUGGAUCACAUCAGUCACACAAGUCACGUUUGGCCUACCUGGACCAGAGCUAGAACCUGGCCCCCUCAUGCAGGUGCAGAGAACAGAAAUUAUUAACAUCACCCUCAUUGGAAAGGCAUCCAGAAAAUCAUCAAAGCUUUACAGGUAACUGCAAGGUUCAUAUAAAACAAAGUUUUGAAAUCACCAAAUGAUUCUGUAGAACCACUCGUUCUACAUGAAAUGCAAGCAAACAUUUUAUGCAGAACAAGUGGUUCACUUAAAACUAGCUCGAACCCUUUAGUACCAACAGCUACCACAAGGAGGCAUGGCGCCCUGGCCCACAGCUGGCUCGAAAGUCGGUCAGGAACUGAUGGAUAAUUAACUGACAAUAGUGGUAGGGAGGGAGGAAGUCUGUGAGCCACAGGGAAUCUACCAGAAAGAGACAUUUUGUUAAUUUCAAUGCUGGUUGUCUGGGAAGAGCCCCUUGGUGGCUCCCUGAAGCUAACCUCAGAGAAACAGAAAAACAAGGGGCUUGCCAGGAAGGAGGGGAGUCAAGAUCCCUGUUAGACAUCCUAAACCACAGAGCCCGUUAUCCCUGACUGAAGGGGACAACUGUGAACUGAGGAAAGAGACAUAAAGACCAUGCAUGGCACCAAGUGGAUACAAGCCCCAAGGGCAGAGCUGAAUGCCAUGCCCAAUGCCUGGAAUGGAUCAGUAUCAUCCCAAGAAGAUACAGUUGGAGAUGGUGAGCAAUUCUGAAUGUGAAGGCUUCGCAUCCUGGUAGGAAGAGAUAACUCAACUGCCACUGCUGUCAAAGUAGAUGAAGCUACCCUCUGAGAUGGCUGAGCUACAUCCUGAAGUGAACCCCUGUCCCUACUCCAAUACCUUUGAACACUUUGGAGCUGGAACCAAGGGGUUAAAACCAGAAGGUGGGCGAAUCACACCAGCAUGGAAAGGAAGAGAAGGUGAGGACUUAGUUCAGGUGGAAUUUACCAACGCCUCCAAGCUGGGUCCCUAAACACCAUUGAGGGCCAACUCAGGGGCAUCAUAAUGAACACCUUGCUGCAAACCCCCAAGAACAAAAAAAUCUUGCCUGUAAAGCAGCAGCUGCCCAUCAAGCUUCCUAACGUGAAGCAGGCUCAGACAGAAUGGAGACCCAACACAAUAUAUGUUGUAGAGCUCAGGCUUGAAAGUGUCACCGACCCAACAGGCAGCAUGGCAGAUUCAGAAUGACUGUUGGCCAGUAGUAGGACUGAUGUGCAUCCUUCAAACUCUAAUAUAGCGAGUGCAUGCUCAAUGAGUUGAUCCAUAAUUUGUGCCAUAGACCUGCAAGGAAAUUAGUAGGGCUUGAAUGUGUCUUGCCAAACAGGAUACCCAGGCACUAGGGCUGCUCAUUGAAAAAGCAGACCUCAAACACAGCAUGAACCAACAUGGCUACAAAGGGCACCUGUUGGUUGUUGUAAGAACAAGCAUGUGUGUUCCCAAGCACACCCCAUUCAAUAGGACACAAAGCAUCAUAUGACAAAAAGUACUAGACAGAUAGGAAGACAGGACACAAGCAUAGCUGUCAUUCUGUAACUAUGCUACAUUUUACCCUCAACCAAGGACCUAUAUGGUGGAGUCAACAACUCGUGUACUGCCUAGGUAAGGCUUUCCUACUCUCUUGGCCAGACUUCUCGUGGCAAACUCCCAUGCAAAUCUGAAGUAACUCUGUUACUUCUCAGUUACACGAAAUGAGCACCCAGGGAAGAGGUCACACGAAGUGCAAAACUUGCCAGAUCCAAGCAAGAAUGCUGGGAAGUAAACACACACGUGAAGCAAAUAAUAAAAUACUGGACAAAGUCUGAAGGAUGGCUGUCACUUAGUUGAGAAGCAGAGGGACCUGUUGCAGCUUGGCAAUCUGAGGAGCAAAUCUAACUCGAGUCAACAUCAGCUGAAUGGGGACUAGGGGCUCCAGGUGGCCGUUACUAAUGGGUUUGAGCUAGUUUAGAAUGAACAAAGUUUUUUUAAAGAAUGGUCUAUAGUAAUUUGGCUGUUUCAGUGCUUUGUUUCCCAUGAACAAUACAGUUGUCUGUAAAGCUUCACUGAAUUUCUGGAUGCUUUCCCAGGGAGGAUUAUGAUAAUUUUCCUCUGCUUCCUGCACCACUGUACUCACAAAGUUGUACUCAUUUACUUGUGCUUGCAAGGGUUGAGCUCUGGCUCUUUGGUCCUGCCUCUCAACUGUCAAGCAACUAGUGUACAGAUUUCUGAGCCUACUGGGCUCUAUCAUAUCUACAUUUGAAACUGUGUAUGGAGUCAGCUUCCACCACAUCACUGCCUAAUGCAUUCCAUCUGUUAAUUACUCUGACACUGAAAAAGUUCUUUCUGUGAGGAAGGCCAGGUGCUGGCUCUGGCCUCCAUAGGCCAAACACAACUUCUGCAACUGAUAUGGGCCAUUAGUGAGGAGUUAUCUCAGCGAGAUAGUUUCAGGGAGCCACCAAUUAGGGGUUCCUCCCAAAAGGGUUUCUUAUACCCAUACUUCUCUGUGCUCAAAGACAUAACGAAAGAAAUUAUAUUUUUCUAAAUAAUUAUUCUAAUAUUAAGUGAAUUUGGAAUAGGUCAUUGAUAAUAGAAUUUGAAAAAUUAAAGCUUGAUGGUAGUUUUCGGAUAUGUCUGAAAUUUAUAUUUUUAAAAUAGAAGUGUAAGAAUUUAAAAAACUGGUUGCUAUGAAACAUUUAGUUAUUCCACAUGUUCAGAUGUUAGCAGUUGUGUCCUAAUGUGUGCAGCUCAUUGGUUUUGUGUUCUAGAGUCCGAUAACAGUCAAGCGUCAAGGUGCUAUUCUUUAAUUUGUUAGAAUGAUCAAGACAAAAUGAUUUACUGAAUAUAUCUGUAUGCAUAAAUGUUCACACCCAAAUUUUGAAA